AUGGCGGACCGCUACUCUUUCUCUCUGACGACAUUCUCCCCCAGUGGCAAGCUGGUCCAGAUCGAAUAUGCUCUGAAUGCGGUCAACCAGGGCGUAACAGCUCUUGGCAUCAAAGCUACCAACGGCAUCGUACUCGCAACGGAGAAGAAGUCGUCCUCGCCGCUUGCCGAUCCCUCCUCGCUCUCCAAGAUCUCCCACAUCACACCCAACAUCGGCAUGGUCUACUCGGGCAUGGGUCCCGACUACAGGGUGCUGGUUGACAGGGCGCGAAAGGUGUCGCACACUGGCUACAAGCGCAUCUACAACGAGUACCCACCGACGAGAAUAUUGGUCCAGGACGUUGCGAGGGUCAUGCAGGAGGCUACCCAGUCUGGUGGUGUCCGGCCGUACGGUGUCAGUCUCUUGAUCGCGGGCUGGGAUGAGGGCAUUCUGCCCGAGGAGGAGGAGAAGGAGGAGUUGACCGAGACGGGAGAGAAGAAGCCGUCCAGCAAGACUGGCGGCAUCCACAAGGGCGGCCCCAUGCUGUACCAGGUCGACCCCUCCGGCAGUUACUUCCCCUGGAAGGCUACUGCCAUCGGCAAGAGUGCCACCUCUGCCAAGACAUUCCUGGAGAAGCGGUAUACCGAGGGUCUGGAGCUCGAGGACGCCGUUCACAUUGCGCUGUUGACGCUGAAGGAGACGAUUGAGGGCGAGAUGAACGGCGACACGAUUGAGAUUGGCAUUGUUGGCCCGCCAGCAGAGCAUCUACUUGGGGUUGAGGGUGUGGAGGGUGCGGUUGGACCCCGGUUCCGUAAGCUCUCGUCGCAGGAGAUCGAGGACUACCUGACGAACCUGCCGGCUCUGCUUGCGAGGCCUCUCCGCGCACCGCCGCGUCACGGCCUGAAGGCCUGGACAUACCUGUCGGGCCCGCCCGAGGCAUACGCAAGUGCUGUCCCGGGCUUCACGACGUCGUCAGCUUUUGGUGCCUCUCGCACAGAUCGGCAGCGCCCGGCCAUGGCCUUUUACGAUGAUGACAUUGCGCCUCUCACCGAUUCCGGCGACGAGUCUGCGUCGCCGGGGCCGGAGCUCCUCCUGGGCGAUGAUGGCUUCCCAGCGCGAUAUAACAGCGAUCAGGAUGCCUCGGACUCGGAUUCUGCCCCUGUUGGUGAGGAGCAGCAGGACGAAGAAGAAGCUACCGUCAUGGCUGCCAGAGCGUACCAACUCGAGAUGCUCGAGGCGAGCCUCGAGGGCAAUACCAUUGUUGCUAUGGAUACAGGAAGUGGAAAGACGCAAGUUGCUGUCUUGCGGAUCAUAGCUGAGCUUGAACGCAGCUCACCAGACAAGAUCAUAUGGUUCCUCGCCCCUACAGUUCCGCUCUGCUCACAGCAGUAUGAGGUACUCGCAUCUCAAGUGCCUGCUGUCCAGAUGAAGCUCCUCACAGGUGAAGACAACGUCGACUCCUGGUCGGAGCAGAAAGUAUGGGAUGCCGCUCUGCUCAAUACCAGGCUUGUUGUCUCUACGUACCAAGUCCUCCUGGAUGCCUUGAUCCACUCUUUUGUGAAGCUCGGCUCGCUGGGGCUGAUCAUUUUCGAUGAAGCUCAUAAUUGCUCCAAGAGAAAUCCAGGACGGCGCAUUAUGACCGAGUUCUACUGGCCCGCCAAGAACGCAAAACAGUCCAUUCCGUCCAUCCUGGGACUGACAGCAAGUCCUGUGAUGGGUUCUCGUCUGGAGGGCCUCGAGGAGCUCGAACAGACAUUAGAUGCUGUUUGUAGGAGCCCGACACAGCACCGAGAAGAGCUCUUGGCCCAUGUCAAACGGCCAACGAUGAUGAUAGACCCCUACGACAAGCCGGUGCCUGCCUCGCCGCGCUCAGACUUCACGCAGAAUAUGCUGAGGCUCGAGUCUGUUGUACAAAGGCUGGACAUACUGAAGGACCCAUACGUCAUCUAUCUUCGGCAACAGAACUCUGAGAAGAGUAGGAGACAGCUCGAAAAUACCCUGAUGAAGCACGACACCAAGGUUAUGAAGCAAGUACAGUCAUUCUGCCGGAAGAGUGUGGAGAUCUGCCGUGACCUCGGCACCUGGGCGGCCGACUACUACAUUCACGAAGUAGUCAGGCGCUACACAUUGAAGAUGCCCAAAGAGCAUCUUCUUGUGGACGACCUCGACGAUGCAGAGGACCUCUAUCUCUUCAACAUUUUUCAGGCCAUACAAGCGACGCCCCCGCCGUCGGCGGAGUCUUUGAGCGGCUCAAACAUCUCUCCCAAGCUGCAAGCAUUGCUCGACAUGCUGUCCGCCUACGACGGGAAUCCCGUGGGGAUAGUUUUUGCCAAGGAGAGGGCGACAGUAGCCGUGCUCUCGCACGUCCUUUCUAUCCAUCCAAAAUUGAGUGCUCGCUAUUCGAUCGGCGCCAUGGUCGGAACCUCGACAGGGGCUGGCAAGCGGCAGGAUUUUUUGAAUCUCUCUCAGACUGAAGACCUGCAGUCUCUGCACAGAUUCCGUAAUGGCAAAGUCAAUAUCUUGGUGGCAACCAGUGUUCUCGAGGAGGGCAUCGACGUGCCGGCCUGCAACCUUGUCGUAUGUCUCGAUAGGCCCGAGAGCCUCAAAUCGUUCAUACAGCGCCGUGGACGCGCGAGGCUACACUCUUCGCAGCUGCAUCUCUUUGUGGCCCGGGACUCUGACGGUAAGUCCGCAGAGGAGUGGCUGGCGCUCGAGGAUGAGAUGAAGAGACGGUACGAGGACGAGAUGCGUGAGCUUCAAGAACUGGAGAUGGUCGAGGAGUCCGACAUUCCCGAUUUUGCUCCGCUCAGGGUCGAGGCCACAGGAGCGCAACUGACCCUCGACGAUGCGAAGAGCCAUCUGCAGCAUUUCUGCGCGACUCUGUCGUCGAGGAAAUUUGUUGCUUGGAAGCCCGAGUACGUGAUUGAUGCCGAGUCCGCAGCGCCGCUGCUCAGAGCGACCGUUCUACUGCCCGUGUCCUUGCCACAGGCGCUUCGACAGGCUACCAGCAGCCGUGAUUGGAGAUCCGAGAAGAAUGCGUGCAAAGAUGCUGCCUUUCAGGCGUACAAAGCACUGUACCAUGCCAAGCUGCUCAAUGAUAACCUCCUGCCUAUCAGAGAAUCGGACUUGGGGAAGGAAGUCGAAUUAAGAGCGAGUCUAGCGAAUAUCAAGGAACAGUACAACCCCUGGCAUUCUGUCGCUCGCGCUUGGAGCAGUGGAACUCGCAGCAUCCACCAAUGCGGACUGAGGCUGCUGGAUGAAGAGGGCUCUGAGCUGUGCCAGUUCAGUGCGCUCCUUCCCGUCUCGAUUCCCAAGUUUACCCCUUUAUCACUCUACCUCGAUCACCACUCAACUGUUCCUUUGACAUUGGAGAGUUCUCAAGCCUCUACACAAGUUGAGAUGGCUGAUGCCUUGGAUCAUACUUCCACGUUACUGGCCAUGUCGUACGGUCACCGGUGGCCUAUGUCGCACCGACACCAACUCGUCCGUUUUGCGCUGCCCGGGACAUCCCUCAAGACACACCUUAUCGGGAGUCGGCCGUUUCACCCCGAUAUAGUCACCCACAAAGAUGGAGAUCAGUAUCUGGUUCGCGAUGAACUGAACUGUCCCUACAUCUAUGACACCUGGGUACCGUCGAAACCGUCGAUCAAUCUUGUCCGUGACCCUUAUCGAGGCUUUGAGGAUUCACCAGAGGACAUGCCCUACUUGAUUGUCAAGAAGUGGCCCAAAAAGGCUGGCUUCUUUCAGCCCCAGCCCCCGAAUGAGCAGCAAGAAAACCCAAGCUCAAAGCCGUACGCCAGAGUUCUUCCGGCACCUGAGUGUACGGUCGAUCAGGUGUCGAUGCUGUAUGCGCGGAUUGGCAUGUUAAUCCCGUCCAUAACACAUGCGCUUGAGGUACACCUCGUGGCAAGUGAAUUACUGGCAUCUACAAAGCUCGGGGAACUAGGCAUCUCGGACUUGUCCCUCAUCAAAACUGCCAUCAGCGCUCCAUCCGCGAGGGAGUCUACGGACUACGAACGCGUGGAGUUCCUGGGCGACUGCAUCUUGAAGCUCUGUACCACGAUCAACUGUGCUUCUCAGAACCUCCACUGGCCAGAAGGAUAUCUCUCUCUCCUGAAGGACAAGCUUGUCGCCAAUUCCAGGCUCAGCCGAGCAGCAGUUGCGCUCGGACUAGACCAGUUUAUCAUCACUCGGCAGUUCACCCUUAGAGAAUGGAGAACGCUCUAUGAGUCCGACCUGACUGCUCCAGAGGACCUUGAUGAGCAGACCAGAAACCUGUCCACCAAAACCCUGGCCGAUGUCGUCGAGGCCCUGAUCGGAGUCUCCUACAUCCACGGCGGUAUGCCGAAAGCCCUGCACUGCAUCUCCCUUUUCUUGCCAGAAAGGAACUGGCAGAAUCUCGAGACUGGCAGAGCAAUUCUCUACGAGGCAGCCCCUUCCGAUGUGAAGCUGCCCGCCAUCCUCGAACCGCUGGAGGAACUCAUCGGCUACUCCUUCAAGAAGAAGUCCCUCCUCAUCGAAGCCAUGACGCACUCGUCCUACAACGUCCCCGGGACGACUGCCUGCCUCGAGCGCUUCGAGUUCAUCGGCGACGCCAUCCUCGACAGCAUCGUCGUCAACAAGCUCUUCACCGCCGACGGGGGCCCGCCCCUCGCCAACUACGAGAUGCACCUGCUGCGCACCGCGCUCGUCAACGGCGACUUCCUCGGCUUCCUGGUCAUGGAGUUCGGCACCAAGAUGCUGCAGUGCGACAUCGUGGCGGAGGGCACGCGCAUCGUGCGCCACGAGGUCACGACGCCGCUGUGGAAGUUCAUGCGCCACUCGUCGGCCGAGCUGGGCGCCGAGCAGCGCGCCGCCGAGCGCCGGCACGCGGCGGUGCGGGAGCGCAUCCUCGAGGCCCUCGAAGGGGGCCAGUCGUACCCCUGGGCCCUGCUGGCGCGCCUGCGCGCGCAGAAGUUCUACUCUGACCUGUUCGAGUCGCUGCUCGGCGCGCUGUGGGUCGACUCGGGCGGCGACGAGGCGGCGUGCGAGGACCUGCUCGAGAGGGCCGGGCUGCUGCCGUACCUGCGCCGGGCCCUGCGGGACGAGAUACACAUGUGGCACCCCAAGGAGGAGCUGGGACGGCUGGCGGACCGGGAGAAGGUCGUGUAUGCCGCGGAGAUGAGGGAGCCUGACGAGGAGGAGGGGGGCGGAGACACGGAGAGGUAUUUCGUGUGCCGGGUGACGGUGGGGACUGACUUUAGCGUCGAGGUUGGCGAUGGGGUGAGCAAGGACGAGGUCAAGAUCAAGGCUGCGGAGGAGGCGGUGCGGUUGUGGAAGGAGAGGGCGGCGAGGAGGGUUAUGUGA